CAACGCGUCCGGUCAGUCGACCGUCGGGACGUCACAUAACGCGACGCACGCUUUGACGCUUGUCCAGUGAUGACGGCAAAAAAUAAGAAGCCUUCAGAACCACGCCGCGCAAACAAGCCUUUGAUGGAGAAACGACGCAGAGCCAGAAUCAACCAAAGCCUGGCAGCUCUAAAGACUCUUAUCCUAGAUUCAGCCAAAGCUGACAACACCAAGCACUCCAAACUGGAAAAGGCCGAUAUCCUAGAGCUCACAGUGAGGCACUUUCAAAGGCAUAGAAGCCUAGAUGUCAAGGGAGUCAACCAAUACAAAGCAGGCUAUUCCGAUUGCGUUAGAGAGGUCCAGAGGUACUUAGAAACGCCGGAUGCGCAAACCAUGACUGUUAUUGACUCUGGAAUACGUCAAAGGCUUCUCAGGCAUCUAGAUAAUUGUGUUGCUGAGGUAGAUGUCGAUCUUAAGCAGGCUAAUGUUCCCACCGCUUUAAUAGAAGACAGAACGGAAUCCAAUCAUUUAGUAGAAGUAAACAAUAAUCGCUCUAAUCGUUUAUCAGAUCAGUCGUCUAGUGAGGAUUCUAUGCCAGUUAAAUCAUCUUCUAAGAACUAUGACGGGAACUAUGUUUUGCUGCUUCCUCAACAUUAUGUGCAGUUAGCUAGUGCUUUAGGUGUUAAUCUUAGGUCGCAAAGUGAAAGUCCGAGUACAUCAGGUUGUGAGAACGUUGAAGGACAUAAAAAAGUUGACAGUCCGAUUGAUUUUAGCGGGAAAAAUAACGAAAACGGUGAUAUGUGGAGACCAUGGUAAAAAUCCUAGUAAAACAGAUUUUUUUUAAAUAAAAAUGAAGUAAUCAUUUAAAACACUCAAAAUUUCUAGUUGCUCAAAUUAACCUGGAUUUUAAAAUUAUUCUGAUAAAAAUAUUUUUUAAGCUCAAAUAACUGAAUGGUAAACUCACUUUGCUCUUAACGCAAUUUAAUUUGUGCAAUAUUUUAAUUAUUUUAUUGUAAUUAAUUAGAAAUAGUGAAAAUCGCGGCGUAUUCAAAUAAUUCAGAUAUAUUUUUAAACUUAAAUAUCAUCUUUUUGUUUUUAAACAAAAAUUUUAUAAAACUAUUCAGUAAUCUGCUAAUUAUUUGAAUACGCCCCUGUUAAAUAAAACUUAAAUUAUUAUUGUAC